CAGGGGGCGACGUCUAUCAGAAAGAAACACGUCAUUAAACGUGUUAACGAUUCCGUGUCAAAAUGUUUCUCCAAGGCUUGAACGUUAUUUUUUUACAAUUAAAACAUAAAACUACAAUCUAUACAGACUUUAGGACUACAUUACCCAGCAUUCACUGCGACUGACCGGAAAAGGAAAGCACGAGGAUUAUUUACAAAAUCUCAGCUGCAAUACAACAACAGAUGGAGGAUUUAUUUUAUCUGAUCUGCGGAUAAUCAGGGGGAAAAACAGAAAAUAAUAAAUAAAUAUACAGAGAAGAGACACGGCAUCAUGGUGGACAACCGCUCCGCCACGGCGUCGGUGAUCGCGUGCGUGCUGAGCGCUCUGGCCACGGUCUACCUGUCUGUGGCGGUUGGCACGCGCCACUGGUACCAGUACACGAGCCCGCAGGUGCGUCACGAGCACAACGCGACUGAGCUGCGCGCGCUGCACCAAGAGCUCAGAGACGGAGAGUUUGAUGAGAAAACAGCAAGCGACGCGCUUUUCCGCCUCAACGGCACCAUCGGCCUGUGGUGGAGGUGCGUGCGCGUGCCUGCUGACCGCAUCCGCUGGUACCGCGAGCCAGAUCCUGAGAUGAACAUAGAGUGUGUGAGCUUCACAUUGUCUCAACAGUUCACACCGAAGUACACAGAGCCUGGCAACCAUAACAGCGGAGAGGACGUGAUACGCACCUAUCUGUGGAGGUGCCAGUUUCUCCUGCCCUUUCUCUCUCUGUGUUUGGUGUUAGUAGGAGCGCUGGUGGGAUUCUGUGCGUGUUUGUGUCGUAGUUUCAGUCCCACACUGGGCAUCGGACUCCUCCACCUCCUUGCAGGUGUGUGUUCUCUUGGCUGUGUGUGUUGUUUUCUGGCGGGUAUGGACCUGCUACACCGUGUCUCCGUUAUACCAGACCAAGUGGACGGCUCUCUCGGUUGGUCCCUUUAUCUCGCGCUCAUUUCCUCUCCGCUGUACAUGAUGGCUGCGGCGCUAUUGGUGUGGGCCGCUCGCAGCCACAGCAAGAACUACUACCGCUUUACUGCCUACCGAGUGGCUUAGAGCACGAAUUUCAAAAGAUUACAGCCAGGUCUGUGUCCUAAAUCAGAUAAUAUACUAAGUAAAAUCAGACAGCAGUAUUACACCAAAAUACCAGACUUGAAAACCAGUACAGUAUUAAAAGUACACCAUCACAGAGAAACAAUAAAAAAAACAGUAUGCGGUCCAAAUACUGUACUGAAUCAGCACGGGAAAUAAAUUGUUACCGUUCAACCAAGCUAGACAAUAUAUCAGAAUCAUACAAAAUAGUAUGGCAAGAUGGCACACUUUGAGGACAUUCUAUUGCACCCCAAAACCCCAUCCUUUUGUCAGGAUUAAAAUAGCACGUACUACAAUUUACAUUUACAUUUACGGCAUUUAGCAGACACCCUUAUCCAGAGUGACUUACAACUGAGCAACUGAGGGUUAAGGGCCUUGCUCAGGGGCCCAGCACUACUGUACUAAAUAGUAUUGCAUACUAAAGCUACAUAUACUAUACAUAUACACACAUUAUCAGUCUGUCAUACGGAAUAAUAUGACAAGAUAAUACACCAUCAUUCUACUGUAUUAAAUAAUAUGGAUUAGUAGUACACCACUAUACUAUUGUAAUAAAUAGUAUAGGGGAAGGUACAUCAUACAAUUAUGCUAAUAAUAUGAGAAAUAAAAUGCUAUUCUACCCUACUGAAUACUAUGGGACAAUAAUAAACGUACAUGCUGCCAUAGUAAAUUACAGUAUAAUAAACUCAACACAAACACACUGCACUGAUUACGUAGUCCAGCUCAGGGUGUGUGUCAGAGCAGGAGGACGUGUGAGUAAUGCCGUGUACUAUUCUAACAUACUAUUAAGUGCAGUUGUAUGCAGAUUGUGACAUAGCCUAAGCUUUGUGCUUAAAACGACUUUUUUCCAUCUAGCUGAGAUUUACAGUGAACUUAAUGCGCACCGAUAAUCCGAAACCUGCAGCUGGAGAAGAGAUAAAAUGAAGAGGCUGUAAAGGCUAGCUGAGUGUGUGAGAGCAGAAAAGUGCUGUGUGGACACUUGCAGGGCAACGACCCCAACCGUAAGAUUCUUCAUCAUCUCCCUGACAGUUAAAUGCAGAAGCUAAAUUCUGCAGUGAGGUGCCAACAUUCAUGAUUUAAUCAAAGUAUGUAUGAUUUUUGAUCCGUCGUUAUUGCAAUACAGGAAGCAGCAGUAAACCUGCGAUCAAAACAAACAUGAACAGAAUUAAUCUGAUUUACUAAAUGGUAAAUACAUUAUAUAUAUAUUUAUCUACAUUAAAUUUAACCUGUAUUAAGUGUAACAAGUGCACAAAGGCAUAAAGACAAAGACAAAGGCACUUUAAUAUUUCAUGCUUUUCCUGCAUGGCUUCGAUCUGAUGUGACAAAAUGUGUGUGUGUGUGUGUGAGUGUGUGUGUGUGUGUGUGUGUGGGGAGAAUUCACUGGAGUGUUUCUCGCAUAAACUGUGAAGAGUUUAAAGGCACAAUUUAAAGAAGAAGCACUGAGAGCACUUUUCACCGAUACAGAGUCAGACAUCUAAUCAGGAAACCUUUUCUCGAGUCGACCCGAACCUAGCAGUGUUGGGUCAUUUCGUCACCAUGACAUUUACACCACCAGUGUGGAGGAAAAUCUAUUAACGCGUCUCUGCUUGCAAAGUUUACGAGUGACAAAUCUUUCAGUAACUAUGUAAAAAAUGCAAUUUGUUUACUCAAAGAAACUCAAAGAUUUGGUUCAAGAAUGACUGUAGCUAAGUUAACUAGCUAAUGAACGUCAUGUGUCAUGUCUUCGUCAGUCACACAUCUGGUGGCUUGAUGGUUCUGGUUCAUUCCUUGGCUCUGUGUUGGUGGAAAAAGUAAGCUAGGCACGAUAUAUAAAUAUAUAUUGAAAUAAAUCAGGUAUGGAUUCAGGCACAACAUCCUUUAAUUUAUAUAUUAUUAUUCCUAUGUGUAACUUUAGCCUAAUUUCUUUGUAUGUUGUUGUUUUUUUUUUUUUAUUGUAGUAAUAUUAAGUGUGUUAAGUAUGUUACAGUCUUCAUUAGACCUGAUAAUACAUAAGCAUAAAGCUUUAAAAAAUGUAUUUAUUUUAAAUUAUUUAACUAGUAUUGCUUCAUUUAAUUCGUUCCUUCUAACCUAUUUCAUUAUUUAUUUUAUUUUAUUUUAUUUUUUUAAACAUUUUGUUGCUUAUAUGUGGAUGUGUAGUUUUGUAAACACCAAAUAGUAAUUAACAUGAACAGUGAACACUAAACUAAUUUAUAUUGUGUAUGUGAUGGUCCAGCAUUGUGAAUGUACGGCGUUGAUAUGCAAAGCAAUGACCUUCCCUUUGUAAGCUUUUCCCCUGAGGUUCUGAUUCAUUAACUGGAUCUGUUCUAUAGUUAUUUCAUAUUUUGAUGUUAUUGAACCUGAAUUUGUUAAUGAAACUGAUCAAGUUGUAACCUUUAACUUCAAUAAAAUGACUUCUUUUUUUAAAAGA